GGAUGGAGCAGGUUUCACCAAUUAUCUUCGGAUGUCCACGACUGACUUUGAAAUACUUUUACGGUUAUGGCUCCCACAGAUUAAAAUUUCAAAUUUUACAAUAACUAAUUUCUUAAAUCCUGACAAAAGAUCAAAAUUUCAGAUCUCCUGAAAUCAAUAACAAUCUGGCAACACUGCUGAAUCAUCGUCACCUCCGCGCACACACACACACACACACACACACACACACUAUGGAAACAAAUACGCGUGAAAGAUUGUUUCCAUACAGUCUGCAAAUUGUUUGCAAACUGUUUUAUUAACAGUGUUUCCAACAAUGUUUCCUGGUGUGGAGAGACCUUUAGGAUCUUAGCGUACUGGUACUAUACAAAAAAAUACAGGUGCAUGGGCACCUGUAUUUUAUUAAAUCUGGUUAGUUGAUCGUGGGUCAUCUUAUGAAAUUCUAUCUUUUUACUUUUCCAAUGCAAACUUACUUUAAUGGAGCUGUAUUUCAGUAUAUCAUCAAUUGAAAUUCUAAUAAAGGCUGUCAGUAUUUCCCUGAGGCAUUUACAGGCGUAUGUUACACUCCAGGCGACUAGUAACGUGACGCACCUCUGAGCACUCUGGGAACAUACUGAGCAGACCAGGAAAACAUGCGAUCAUAUAGCCAAUGAGGAAUUAGUGAACAGUUUCCUUUCCUCCUGGCGAGAAGCAUUUUUCAAGCUGUUUUCCUGGUCACCGCGUGGCGAGGGACGGGCGGCGGGCGGUAGUUGCUUGGCAUCAGCCACCACAAAGCUCUCCCUUUCUUCCCACCACUUAAUUGGGAACUGAACGUAUUUCCUUGUGAAAAAUAAUUCAAAUACGUGCCGUGGCGAGUGGUUGCCGCCUCACUGACAAAAAUGGUGUUAAAUAUCAGGUCCACAGGUUGAGAUAACGAUGCGGACGUCAAACAACACACACUCAGUUCGCGCAUUCAGAACUGGGGAUGAACGGUGGCGAUGGCAGCAGGCUAAGCGGCAUCGUCAGGUGAUCGGUGUUGCAUUAUUACUGCUGAUGCUGCUGCUUAUAGCUGUCGUGGUGCUGCCGUUGUCCGCCCCUUCCCCGUUGCUGCUGCUGCCGCCUUCAAAGCUGUCUCGGUAUCCCUCCGCUCUCAACACUAAUGAAAGACAUGCAGAGAUCAGCGUGUCAUCUGGCGGUGAGGGAUGGAGCCUCGAGGUGGGGCGGUGUUCCUCAUGUAGCCCGCGCUCCCCUGACAUCCAGAGUGUGAUCUCAAGCGGGAAAAAUAAGAAGAAUGGGAAGGUCGCUGCUGUCCUUUACUCCAGCACGCAAACCUCUUCGUCCCCACCGCCUGUUGAACGCGGUGUCAGCCUUACUGUACUCAACCAGCGUGACGGCAUCGUCAUCUUUCAGAAAGUGUUCCCGCUAUGGCAGUACUGGGCGCGCUGGGCAGACCUGGAGUGGCACCUGCAGCGUGUAGCUCCAGGACGCGUGGUUAUCAUGGCUGUCUCGGUGGACGGCCUGGUGGGCCUACGCCACGCUGCUCACCUCUUGGCACGGCUCGGCUCCCUCCUCGCUCCUCACCUGCCGCCCCAAGCUUGCUGGACAUGGGUUUUCAUCAAGGGUGGACGCACCAUCUCCGAGACCGCCGUCACCACCGCUCACGGCACCCACCGCUCUCACCUUCACUUGCCUCUGUCGGACAUGCCGCUGCCUGCCCCGCACAUGUACCCGGGUGGCAACGUUGUCCUGGAGGAAAUUCGUUGGCGGUACUGCUCUCGCCGCGGGGUGAUGGGAGGCCUGUGUGACGAGCACAGUCCUGACCCUCUGCCUCCUCCUCGCACGUCCAGAGUGACGCGGCAGGCAGCGCUAGCGGGGGUGCCGGUGGUGGUGACGGCGGGCACCAGGCACCAGUACCUGUACCACACCCUCACCACCGUCUUGGCUGCCAAUGGUAUAGAGCAACGGAACCUUCUGGUUGUGCUGGGCGACGCGUUGCAGUCUGCAGCACAACUCCUGCUACUACUCAACGUGCCCCACGUGACGCUGCCGGUGGAGGCCGGUAUCAACUCGAAGCUUUUCCAGUUCUACAGAAAUGUAUUUCAGCUUCUUGCAGACAGAUUUCCUGACGCCACUUAUGCUAUCGUUCUCGACGAGGAUGUGGAAGUUUCUCCAGACUUCUUUUCCUUCAUGAGCCAAACGCUUCCUCUCCUUAAGGCGGAUCCAACUCUCUGUUGCGUCAACGGACACGCAGCGGAAGGUUUUCUCGGCCUGGCUCACGACAACACGCGGGUAUUUCGUGGGUCUGCUCAGGUCGAAUGGGGUUACGGCAUUACGCUGGACUUCGUGAGGGAAGCUUUGUCGGUGUGGGAGACCAGUGGCCAAAACACGCUUUUGUAUGACUUUUGGCUGUAUAUGAAUGUACAGAAGGGCCGGGAGUGUAUAUACCCGGAGGUGAGCCGCACACGCCACUUCGGGAUGGGGGUGAACACGGACUCUUACCUGAAGGAGGCAGGCCCCCUGCUGAUGCCUCUGGUGCGAGAGGCCCCGGUGACGCUACACAACGUUCAUCGCCUCCAACUGGACAUGUGGAGAAUGGACCUCGCUCACAACAUCAGUAGUGCCAAGGUGCUUCAAGGUAACCCUUGCCACGCUUCCUUCCUUCCCUUCCCGCCCUCCUCCCCUUCCUAUGUGUUAUAUUACAAGUUGGACAAGGCUGAGUGCUGCAAUGACAUGCCUGAUCCUUACCAGUACGGCAACACGGCCAAGUGUCUGGGCCUGUGGUGGCUGUCAGAGCAAGGUCACCAUCGUGGCGUCACGAUUGCACGAUUCACAUGGAAUUCUACAUUGUAUCUAGUGGGCUGCCCUUACUCCCAGUACUGUCACUCGCGGCCCGCGGCUAUCCCGCUGUGGGAUGUCGAAGCACUCACAGAGGACGAGUUUACGCAAAUUGAAAAUUAUGCUUCCCGUGGCAUGAACAAUGUAACAAUAGCGAAUGAACAUGCAACCUCAGAUUCCCUCAUUGUGAUGUUGUCCGGAGCGUGAAGGAACCCACCCUCUGGCUGUAAUGUCUGGGAUGAUCCCGAUGAGGCAUGGAUUAAUUCUUUAUUUUUUACUUGGUUCUUGUUUUAUUUUCAAGCACAUCAAUAAUGAUUCAUUGAUAAUUGUGAUUUUAUCCUUUAUUUAACAACCAAUCUCUUUGUCAUAUUCCAUCACUACAGUGUUAACCACUAGCUAUAUCAUUGUUCUAUCCUAAUAUACUACCCUCUCAUUCCCUUUGCUAAUACAUGAAGCAAAACUUAAAUAAACGUGUAGGAUCACA